AGGGAGGGAGAGAGAAACCCUACUACCGGUGCCACGCUUGGCGGCUCCCUCCCACCGUCGGCCGUCGCUGCGAGUCCGGGCCACACCCGUCGCCGCCGGGGCACCGCCUCCUCUGAGACCCAGUCGCCCACUCCCUCCCGCCUCCGUCUCCCCUCGUCCCUGGCCACGCCGGGGUGCGUUCGCUCCACCCCCUGUCGGCCUGCUGCCGUCCUCUGCGUUGCGGCCUCGCCAUGGCACCGGCGCGGGUGAAUGCUGAAAAACAGGACGCUGAGGACGAGCUGGAGAUGAAGGUGGAGAAGUAUUCGCGGGGGAAGGGUGCCGACUUGAAGGCGCUGAGGGACAAGAAGUUGAAAGGCCAGCUCGCUGUAAAAGAGAAGCUCUAUGGCCAGUCUGCGAAAGUUGCUGCAAAGGCUGAAAAGUGGCUUAUGCCUAGUGAGGAGGGUUUCUUAGAGCCUGACAAUUUGGAGAAGACAUAUAGAUUUCCACAAGAAUCGAUUGUGCAAGAGGUGGAUCUUUUGAGUUCAAGAAAACCAUUUGAUAUGAUCUUACCUGUACUUGGUCCUUAUACUAUAGAGUACACAUCAAAUGGUCGCUACAUGCUAGUAGGUGGACGAAAAGGCCAUCUUGCUAUGAUGGAUAUGCUGAAUAUGGAUCUCAUCAAGGAAUUUCAGGUGAGGGAAACUGUUCGUGAUGUGGCAUUUUUACAUAAUGAGCAGAUGUAUGCAGUCGCUCAAAAAAAGUACCCUUACAUAUAUAAUCAACAUGGUGCAGAAAUUCAUUGUCUGAAGGAACAUGGCAAAGCAUUGAAACUCCAGUUUCUGACUAAACAAUUCCUCUUGGCUUCAAUAAACAGCUUUGGGCAGCUCCACUACCAAGAUGUGAGCACUGGUGAGAUGAUUGCAAAUUACAGGACAGGUCUGGGGCGAACUGAUGUUAUGCGGGCCAAUCCCUAUAAUGCUGUCAUAGGCCUCGGACAUGCUGCUGGCAAAGUUACCAUGUGGAAGCCAACAAGUGUGAAACCCCUGGUCACCAUGCUGUGCCAUCAUGGCCCUGUAACUGCUCUUGCAUUCGACAGGGGUGGCCAUCUUAUGGCAACGGCAGGUGUUGACAGGAAGAUAAAAAUCUGGGACCUGAGAAAGUAUGAGGUUGUAAAGUCGUAUGCAGCGCGUGGUCAAUCCUUGGAUUUUAGCCAGAAGGGGCUAUUGGCCUGCAGCAACGGAUCUCAAGUAGAGAUCUACAGGGAUUUCGGUGGGCAUGAUUAUAGGCUUUACAUGAAGCACAGAAUGCUGAAGGGCUAUCAGGUUGGGAAAGUUUUGUUCCGGCCCUACGAAGAUAUUCUGGGGAUUGGGCACUCGAUGGGCCUUUCGUCCAUCCUUGUUCCAGGAUCCGGUGAACCGAACUUUGAUACCUUUAUUGACAAUCCCAUGGAGACUACCAAGCAGAAGCGGGAGAAGGAGAUUCAUGCUCUCCUUGACAAGCUCCCGCCGGACACUAUCAUGCUUAAUCCAAAUUUGAUAGCCACUGUAAGAGCUCCGAAGAAGAAAGAGAAGAAGACCAAGAAGGAGAUCGAGGAAGAGAUGGAAGAGGCUAUUGAGGCCGCGAAGAACACUGAGCACAAGAAGAAGACCAAGGGCAGGAGCAAGCCCAGCAAGCGGGCCAAGAAGAAAGAGGAGGGUGUUUUCAGAGCCAAAAGGCCCUUCUUGGAGCAAUCAAAGGAGGUUGUCGGGCGACCUGACAAGAAGCAGCGGAUAGGCGAAGAGGUGGAACUCCCAAAAGCCUUGCAGCGGUUUGCCAAGAAGCCGCAGUCAUGAUCAUAACACAAAGAGUUGGGGUUUCACUGUGGUUUGUAAUGCAUCGUUAGUAACCUUUAUCUUUUAGCUGGCCAAUAUGUAAAAUUUCUGCGUGAGGAAUUGGUGCACAAGAAUGCGCCAAAAUUUUGUUCUAACCGUGGGCAUUCCAGUGAGCAUGGGCCAUAGCCCCUGUGGGCUGAAACUCUUCCAUUCACGUAGUUUAAUGUUUUAUCUUUUCAUUCAGAUAGUGAAGGUGACAGUUCCUAGGUUGUUCUUGGUCCACCUAAAGCACUCUUGAGUAGAACCUAGGUGCCUUUGUGGUCAAGUACUGAAGAGAAUUAGAACUUUGAAGCAGAAGCAUUCA